AUGCACCAACCCAAUAUCUAUCUAUCUAUCUAUCUAUCUAUCUAUCUAUCUAUCUAUCUGUCUGUCCCAUUUCUUUCCAACUCUCUGUCUUUCCAUCCCUCUCUUUCCACCUUUCUCUCUUUCCACCUGUCUGUUUUUCCACAUCUCUCUUUUCAUCUCUUUUUUUACACCUUUGUGUCUUUCCACCUUUCUCUUUCCACCUCUCUCUUUUCACCUUACUCUUUCGAUCUCUAUCUCUCUUUCCACCGAUCUCUUUCCACCUUUCUCUUUCCACCUCUCUCUCUUUUUCCACAUCUAUGUUUUUCCACCUCUCUCUUUCCCCAUCUAUGUCUUUCCACCUUUCUCUUUCCACAUUUAUGUUUUUCCACCUCUCUCUUUCCCCGUCUAUGUCUUUCCACCUCUCUCUUUCCACAUUUAUGUUUUUCCACCUCCCUCUUUCCCCGUCUAUGUCUUUCCACCUCUCUCUUUCCACCUCUCUCUUUCCACAUCUAUGUCUUUCCAUCUUUCUCUUUCCCCGUCUAUGUCUUUCCACCUCUCUUUUCACAUCUCUGUCUUUCCCAUCUAUGUCUUUCCACAUCUGUCUUUCCCCUCUCUCUUUCCACCUCUCUCUUUCCACCCCUCUCUUUCCACAUCUAUGUCUUUCCAUCUUUCUCUUUCCCCGUCUAUGUCUUUCCACCUCUCUCUUUCCACAUCUCUGUCUUUCCACAUCUAUGUCUUUCCACAUCUAUGUCUUUCCACCUCUCUCUUUCCACAUCUAUGUCUUUCCACCUCUCUCUUUCCACCUCUCUCUUUCCACAUCUAUGUCUUUCCACCCUCUCUUUCCACCUCUCUCUUUCCACCUCUCUCUUUCCACAUCUAUGUCUUUCCAUCUUUCUCUUUUCCCCGUCUAUGUCUUUCCACCUCUCUCUUUCCACAUCUCUGUCUUUCCACAUCUAUGUCUUUCCACAUCUAUGUCUUUCCACCUCUCUUUUUCCACAUCUAUGUCUUUCCACCUCUCUCUUUCCACCUCUCUCUUUCCACCUCUCUCUUUCCCAUCUAUGUCUUUCCAUCUUUCUCUUUCCCUCUAUGUCUUUCCCCUCUCUCUUUCCACAUCUAUGUCUUUCCACCUCUCUCUUUCCACCUCUCUCUUUUCCACAUCUAUGUCUUUCCACCUCUCUCUUCCACCUCUCUCUUUCCACCUCUCUCUCUUUCCACAUCUAUGUCUUUCCAUCUUUCUCUUUCCCCGUCUAUGUCUUUCCACCUCUCUCUUUCCACAUCUCUGUCUUUCCACAUCUAUGUCUUUCCACAUCUAUGUCUUUCCACCUCUCUCUUUCCACAUCUAUGUCUUUCCACCUCUCUCUUUCCACCUCUCUCUUUCCACAUCUAUGUCUUUCCACCUCUCUCUUUCCACCUCUCUCUUUCCACCUCUCUCUUUCCACAUCUAUGUCUUUCCAUCUUUCUCUUUCCCCGUCUAUGUCAUUCCACCUCUCUCUUUCCACAUCUAUGUCUUUCCACAUCUAUGUCUUUCCACAUCUAUGUCUUUCCCAUCUAUGUCUUUCCACCUCUCUCUUUCCCACAUCUAUGUCUUUCCACCUCUCUCUCCACCUCUCUCUUUCCACAUCUAUGUCUUUCCACCUCUCUCUUUCCACCUCUCUCUUUCCACCUCUCUCUUUCCACAUCUAUGUCUUUCCAUCUUUCUCUUUCCCCGUCUAUGUCUUUCCACCUCUCUCUUUCCACAUCUAUGUCUUUCCACAUCUAUGUCUUUCCACAUCUAUGUCUUUCCACCUCUCUCUUUCCACAUCUAUGUCUUUCCACCUCUCUCUUUCCACCUCUCUCUUUCCACAUCUAUGUCUUUCCACCUCUCUCUUUCCACCUCUCUCUUUCCACAUCUAUGUCUUUCCACCUCUCUCUUUCCACCUCUCUCUUUUCCCAUCUCUGUCAUUCCACCUCUUUCUUUCCCCGUCUAUGUCUUUCCACCUCUCUCUUUCCACAUCCAUGUCUUUCAACCUCUCUCUUUCCAAAUCUAUGUCUUUCCACCUCUCUCUUUCCACCUCUCUCUUUCCACAUCAAUGUCUUUCCACCUCUCUCUUUUCACCUCUCUCUUUCCACAUCAAUGUCUUUCCACCUCUCUCUUUCCACCUCUCUCUUUCCACAUCUAUGUCUUUUCACCUCUCCCUUUCCUCAUCUAUGUCUUUCCACCUCUCUCUUUCCACCUCUCUCUUUCCACAUCUAUGUCUUUCCACCUCUCUCUUUCCACAUCUAUGUCUUUCCACCUCUCCCUUUCAACCUCUCUGUCAUUCCACAUCUCUUUCUACCUGGAUUCUAUCUUCUUGGAAUAAUUUUUUUUAUACAAAUAUAUAUGUAUGUGUAUAUUUACUACUAAUAUCAUCUAUCUAUCUAUCUAUCUAUCUAUCUAUCUAUCUAUCUAUCUAUCUAUCUAUCUAUCUAUCUAAACAUACACCUUAUAUCUAUCUAUCUAUCUAUCUAUCUAUCUAUCUAUCUAUUUAA